CUCCUCUUUCUUCUCUUCUCUUCUUCUUCUUCUUCCUUCUUCUUCCCCAUCUUCUUUCUUUCUUUCUCUCCUUCCCAGCCACUUCCAUCAUCCAUCCAGCCAUCGCUAUAUCCACGGCGCCUUGUUUCAGCCGUCAGUCACUCGUUGUAUACUUCUAGACUUUCUUCCUCUUUCUCCCUUGUAUCUUAACUCUCCUGUGGAAAGUUGAUACCUCGGGACUGCAGUGCUUUUUAUCUGCAGACUUAAAGAACCAGCUACAUUGAAUUCGGACUCUCGCUUCACAUAUAACUGUUCACCAUAAUGAAGUUCUCCGCUACUACCCUUGCUGGAGCUUCGCUCCUCCUGGGCCGCGCCAUUGCCGCGGACCUGCCUGCCAUUGAGGCCAAGAGCAACAAGUUCUUCUACUCCAACAAUGGCACUCAAUUCUUCAUCCGUGGCGUUGCCUAUCAGCAGGACUACACGAGCAACGGCACUGAUUCCUCCAACGCGGACUACACCGACCCUCUGGCCGAUGCCUCCACCUGCAAGCGUGAUAUCCCCUACCUCCAGCAGCUGCGCACCAACGUGAUCCGUACCUAUGCUGUCGACCCCACCAAGGACCACACCGAGUGCAUGCAGGCGCUGCAGGAUGCUGGCAUCUACCUCAUCACUGACCUGUCGGCCCCCUCGACCUCCAUCAACCGGGACGACCCCCAGUGGAACACCGACCUCUACUCUCGCUACACCAGCGUCGUCGAUGCCUUUGCCAACUACACCAACGUCAUCGGUUUCUUCGCCGGUAACGAGGUUGCCAACAGCCAGAACAACACCAACGCCAUUGCCUACGUCAAGGCCGCCGUGCGUGACAUGAAGGCCUACAUCAAGGCCAAGAACUACCGUAGCUCCCUCGGCGUUGGUUAUGCCACUGACGACGACUCCACCAUCCGUGACGACCUGAAGAACUACCUGGUCUGCGGUGAUUCGGACGACCGCAUCGACUUCUUCGGUUACAACAUCUACGAGUGGUGCGGUGACUCUUCCUUCAAGACCUCCGGUUACCAGGCCCGUACCGAGGAGUUCAAGGACUACCCCGUCCCUGCCUUCUUCUCCGAGUAUGGCUGCAACAGCCCCUCUCCCCGUACCUUCACCGAUGUCCCCGUCCUCUUCGGUGACCAGAUGAACGACGUCUGGAGCGGUGGUAUCGUCUACAUGUACUUCCAGGAGGACAACGACUACGGUCUGGUUUCGGUCGACGGCUCCAGCGUCAGCACCCUCAAGGACUUCUCCAACCUGUCUUCCCAGAUGCUGAAGGCCACCGCCACCGGUGUGAACAGCAACAGCUGGUCCGCUAGCAACACUGCCACCCCUACUUGCCCUAGCGUCGGCACCGCCUGGGAGGCCACCAACACUCUGCCCCCCUCCCCCAACGAGGAUCUCUGCUCCUGCAUGGAGGCUUCUCUGUCUUGCGUCGUCAAGGACUCGGUCAAGGAGAGCAAGUACGGUGACCUGUUCGACUACAUCUGCGCCAAGGGUGACUACUGCGCCGGCAUGUCCAGCAACUCGACCACCGGUGACUACGGUGCCUACAGUGUCUGCUCCACCAAGCAGCAGCUCAGCUUCGUCAUGAACCAGUACUACGAGAAGCAGAGCGCCAAGGCCAGCGCUUGCGACUUCAGCGGUGAUGGUACCACCACCUCUUCCAGCGCCGCCACUGGCACCUGCUCUUCCCUGCUCAAGGAGGCUGGCACCGCCGGUACCGGCAGCGUUACCUCCUCCCCCACCGGCGGCGGCUCCGUUGCCAGCGCCAGCUCCAGCACCUCCGAGGGUGCUGGUGCCGGUCUGACUGCCCCUAACGCUGUCCAGGUCGGCAGCUGGCAGCUGGGUGCCUAUGCGGUGACCGCCGUUGGCGCCGCUCUUGGCAUGAUCCUGCUGUAAGCACGAAGCGGAAGUGUGGGGCCCUUUUUUUUCCUGGCCCGUGAAGACUGGUGGAUUUGUUAGCCGUACAUAAUUGAAUCCGUUCUACUUUGUGAUUAUUCCAAGUAGCAUUUAAUGCACAUAUUUUGUAUCACUAUCUUAAAUCUAUAACUGCCC